AUGGCGUUCUCUGGAGCGAUGAGAAGGACAUGUCCGUUCGUUUGCGUAAUGUCCGAUAGCAACGGCUCCAGUAACUCGUAUUCAAAGCCCAUGCAGUCUAUCACAAAUGGAGAUGUCGCGUUUCUUGCUCUAUCCUCAAAGUCCGGCUCAUCUUUGUUGAUAAACGAUAACGAAUCGUUGUGUAUGAACCAUGUUGGAGGCUUUUUUCCCAUGAAAACUAGCAUUCCGAGGUUAAAUGGAAUCCAGAGCAUCAAGAACACUUUGUUGACUGUGGACCGCGAUAUGUUGACGCAGCUGGCCCAUAGCGGCACCAUAGGAAUGAGGAAACGAAGUUCCUGGUGGGGAACCAGACUCAAUACUAUGAUCCCCGAUGCCAUUGUCAGGAACGAGGUAGACUUGAUGUUUUUUGUCGUGAAUGGAAAGGCUAGGAAUAUAAGCGGGCCAAACAUAGUUGGAUAG